AUGGCAAAGUCUGUGAGGACAAAUGGUCGAGCUUUGUGGAUUGAAGAAUUUAUGGAAGAUGACAUCUGUCAUCAAGACUAUCAAUAUUUUUCGAUGAAUCUAUGCAUAGAAAAGUUAGGUUGCUUGAAUUGCAAUUCGGAUAAUCACGAAACUAUUGAUUGUAUUCUACCUUCACGCUUUAUUUUUAAACAUGGAAAUAAAGAAUACCCAAGAAAAAUGGUGCUAUUGAAAUUACGUUGUAAUACCAUUUCGAAUCCACAUUAUAUGUUACCCUGCGACUAUCCCGUGAAAGGUACCGUUCUACACGUGGACCGAAAACAGAACUGUUUGUAUGUAAGACCACAAAACCUUGAUGGGAUAUACAGUGCACUGGAAAAUUUUCUACUUGACAUUAGAAAAGUAAUGCUAUGUACAGCAACAUCAAAUAAAAUUAACAUCGGAGAUGUUUACUUAAUACGUCGACAAGAUAGUGAUGCUUUGGCUCGUGGUGUAUGCGCUCAUAUGUAUUUUAACUGGCAGAUGGCUACACAGUGGCAGAUGUAUCUAAUCGAUAUUGGACAAACCGAAUUUGUUGAUCAGCGUUCAAUUUACUUAUUGCCUGCACAACUUCAUUCGAUGCCACCAAUGGCAAUACCUUUAGUAUUGGCAAAUUGUCGCAUUGGUUAUGAAAGUCAAUCUUUAUCACUAUCAAAGGAUGGCUAUUACCCAAGUUUUGUGAAUUCGCCAUAUCCACUACCUCUUUUAGCUCGAGUUUUUGGUGGAAUAUCAGUACGUGAUGAAAUAUUUUGCAAAUGGGGCUUACCAGAAGUUUCUUCUGUCAAUCAACCUGUCUGUCCACUAUAUUGUCCGUCAACGUUUUCAUUCAACAGGUUUACUCUGGGAUAUUCAUUACCGGUUACACUGACUGUACGAGUCACCGAAAAGAUCACCCAAGGUUAUUAUUGGCUUCGUGAUGCUUCUGCUUGUUCCAUCAUUAGCAAGCAAAUAGUAUUACCAUCCAACGGUUUAUGGCCAUACAUUGAAGACAAGCGUUCACUGGCCUGCAUCGCACAUAUUCAGCGUCCAGUACACAAACAGCCUCGUUAUUACCGAGCGGUAGCUAGCAAUUUCGAUAAUCAGAAAAGUUGUUGUAUGGUAUUUUUGAUUGAUUAUGGUCAGACAUUAUAUUGCGAUGUUCAUCAUCUCUUCGAUCUUUCCGAUCAGCCUCCGACAGUUUUGUAUACAUUGGCUGCAGCAUUUAAAUGCAGCGUAAACCGAAGAAAUCAAAUUGAAGAUGGAAUUCAUGCUGCAAAGCUUGCGAUGGAUGAACGAUACAUUAUCCAAGUAAUUGGCAAAAAGGAUGAGACAACCUAUGUUGCAACUGUUGACAUGCACAUCCAGGCUGAUUUUCAAUACCCAAGACCUUUGGAUGUCUCAAAUGGAAUGCUUGUUAAUAAUUCGCAACUUUUAAUGUUAGGUUACAACGACCAAAUCAAUCAAGCUAACGAAAUUCCGGAUAAUAAUGUCAAUAUUAGUAAUAUCAAUUAUAAUGGCAAUGAUAAUAAUUCAAUGAAGAUAAGAACAAUGUUUCCGGCAAUCAGUAUGCAAUUGUCAUCCAAUCGAGAAAUCGGAAACAGUUUGAAAGCAUUAGAUGCAAAGUUAAGUAUUAAAUUAGCACAAAUAUCUAAUCGGAUCGAUGAAAUAUUCAACAAUCUCCGUAGCUUACAGCUAACUAAUAGUACCUCAAAUUUGUUUCCAUUCCCGCAAAUGUAUCAAUACAGUAACGUACAAGGAGUAUCGAACAAUGGAAUACGUCAAAAUCAAGCAUCUUCAUUUUCUGUUGGCGGUGGAAACGAUGUACUUUUCUAUGGCACCAAUUGUCAGUCGUCAUUACUUGGGCAAACACCUUUACCAAGAUGUCAAACAGUUAUGUAUCCUCAACAGUACAAACAACAAAAACCAAAUAUCGUUGUACCAAGCGGUCGUAACUAUUUCCGCUGCAUUGAAAAUGACAGGUGCGCACUUGUAAAGCAUCCAUCUCAAUCCCAUCAUCAACCUCACACCUAUACAAAUCAUAUCAGUCAACAAGUCCAAAGGCAUGCAAUCGAUUAUACCCAACAAUUUCAUCAACUACCACGUCAACCACGUGUAAUAAUACCAGGCUGCACAAUAUGUUCACAACAACGUGAUCUUGAGAAUCAAACUUCACGAUCGUGCUGUUUUUGUGGUGCUUACGUGGAAACUAGGCGACGUUGUUUCACCAGCUCAAAUGACGCUUCCAUCCGAUGUUCAACAAUGCCACGUUUAAAUGCCACACAUUUGCAACCAUUCACUUAUGCAUCUGCAAAUGGUUUCCGUCGUGCUUCGACAGUUCCUGUCAAUUCCUCAUCUACGAUCCAUUCAUUGUGCAAGCAGAAUUUCAAUACACCUUCGAACGCGGACAGCCAACUAUCAUCACGAUCUACUUCAUCUGAUGAUGGUGAGUUCACAAAUCACGAAUUAACAGAAAGCAAGAAGUUGCGUGACAAGAAAGUGAUUGGGGCUAGGAAAGAACAAGCAGUUAUUGAGGAUAGCCUUACCACUGGUAUUGGUACUAUGCGAAGGAAUUGGCAAAUGAAAGAAGUCAAAGAAUUUGAGGCUAUAAAUAAUUCUCAAGAUUUCCAGUUUCUGAACAAAAAUUAUGCGGAAGGCCAGUUAUCGUCACCAUUUUUCGAGAAGUCCGCUGAACCUGCUAGAACUACAUGCUUCACAAAAGAACUUGAAAUGUUGACAAAUCGGAGGUCGAAUUCAACAUUCUCUUUAGUCCAAGAGGUUAAUAGCCAAGUGAGAAAUAAUUCUGAUAAUGUUACACUCAGCGAGACGUCCCGUGAAGCGCAAAAUCAAAACAUAGCUGAGUCAUGCUGGAUUUGUGGAAAAGUUGGUCAUCUGACAAGAUAUUGCCAGUCAACAUUGCCAACUGUUUUGCUUUUAGCUCAAGAAAUGAAACAGGAAAAGCAAAAGAAAGCAGUUGAUAAACCACGUGACGAAAAAGGUAGGAUGCUUUAUACGAGUGAUGAAUCCUCUAACGAUGAACUGGAUUAUGAUAGUGAUUCUGAUAAGGACAAUAAACAGGUGAAAAAUAGUUCAAGUUUGGAUCAUGAUAUUAAAUUAUUAUCGGACGAUGAUGAAAAAGACGAAUUCGAAAUUACAUUGAAAUAUAAGCCUUACUUUGCUCAUAUGAAUGUGGAAUUUGGGCAGAAAUACGUGGUUUUUCGAUCGGAUGAAGAUAUAGCAUGUUUAUUAUGGCCAUUAUUUUUCGUACAGAUACAGUCAGAUGAAUGUGAGCAAACAUUAGAAGAGCAUUUGGAUUCAUUAGAUGCCAAUAUUCCACUUGCUAAUGCGGAAAUGGUCGUUGGUACCUUGUGUGUCGCAUAUUGUGAACGUUUCGAUGCUAAAUUUCGUGCAGUAAUAACGGCACUAUGUUCAAAUCUUGUUGAAGUAUUUUACAUUGAUUAUGGUAAUUACGAAUGGGUUGAACAUAAUACACUGUCGUCAAUUGCUGAUCAGGAUAAAACAACAGUUACUCAUCCAGGAAUGGCUAUUCCAUGUAUUCUAAAUUCUUAUGAUGAGAAGGAAAUAUUUUCUCGUUUAUCGAAGAGCGAUAUUAUUAAAAUGAAAUUAGCGGUUGGCUGUGGUCAGCGAAGUUUUCUUCUCAAUUUCCGGAAACGACGUCCGGAUGGUGUAUGCGUUGUAGAACUAGAGGGUGGAGCAAAAAUGGAUUGA